AUGGUAUCUCGCUGGAGCCUUCUGCUCGUCUGGGCGCUUACAGCGCCUGCUUCGGCGCAGUUGGGCGCGCCUAUCAACGCGCGCUUGCAGGCGCCUUUCCACGCGCCGACGCCGAGCCGCACCUCAGAACGGGCGCUUUCGGAUGGUGUCAAGUCGUACAUCGAGAAGGAGCUGGCCAAAGAUGGCGUUCGAGGAAUGUCCGUUGCUGUUGUGCAUACGGACUGGCGGCCGAAAGGAGGGGAGCCGAACGAUGCGGACACGACGGAGUACGGGAAUUUUGGGAUACGGUCGGAGGACGGGGAUCGAAUGACGAGUGAUACGUAUUUCACGAUAGCGUCAAACACAAAGGCCUUCGUGACGGCCGGUCUUGGCCUUCUUAUGGAGGACUUCGCGCAGAACAAGAACCUCACCGCACUCCCGGCCAAGGUGAAACGCUUCGACUGGGACACGAAACUCGCCGCCCUGCUCCCGGGCGAAUGGGUACUUAUGGACGAGUGGGCGACGCACGGCGCGAAGCUGAAGGAUAUCUUCUCGCAUGUUAGCGGUCUACCCCGCCAUGACUACGCCUACUCUCGGAAUGAUACGCCAGCGAGCGUACUGUCGCGUCUACGCGAUCUGCGCCCGGCUUUCGAGCUGCGUGAACGGUACUCUUACAACAACAUUAUGUACAUGAUCGGCAAACACAUUCUCGAUAAAUACACCAACACUAGCAUGGAGGACUACCUCCACGAGAGGAUCUUCGUCCCGUUGAACGUCACCUUCACGUUCUCUCCUGCUCGAGCGCUGGAGAGCGGACGCGCGACACAGACGUGGUCGAGUGCCGGCCGCGCCUUGCCGUGGUGCUUCACGGAGGAUGACUAUAAAGUUGCUGCUGGACCUGCGGGCCUGAUCGCGGAUGUCGAAGGCUUGUCGCGCUGGGUGGCAAUGUUUCUCAAUAAUGGGACUCACACAACCUCCACCACACAGCGCGAAGUCCUUCCGGCCGAACUCGUCAAGACCUUGACGACGGCUCGCGUUAUCGAAAACGGCGCCGGCAAACCUACUCAGUCCCUUUCGGGAUACGCGCUCGGCUGGCGUCGCCACUCGUACCGCGGACACGACAUCGUGCUGCACUCCGGCUCCGCGAACGGGUUCUCGUCGCUCAUUUUGUUCGCACCGCACGACAACGUCGGGAUUGUGAUUUUGAAUAACGGCGACCAGAAGGCCGACGUCAAUACGCGAAUUGCGUGGAGGCUUUUCGAGGCCGCUUUUGGGCUCGAGCCUCUGGGGAGCGAUCGCGGGAUGCAGUUUGACUGGUUGAAUGAUGACGAGCGCCGCCUUCCCACCUCGUCAGGCUCGCUCGAGAGUGGGAACCCAGGUCUAAGCGAAUCGUUCGCGCGCAUCAACAUCACGUCGCUGGAGGGUACCUAUGCCGCGGCGGGCUAUGGUGCAGGCUUCGACCUCUGCACCAGCUCAAGCACAUCAGACCGGUGCCGCGAGGCACUCGCCGACUUUACCGCGGUAGAUGAGCACCUCCGCGAGAACAAUCUAUACGCCAUCUGGCCGCGCCUCUGGUCAAGCCAUCUCCGACUCGUGCACGUCCACGACGAACGGUUCACUGUCCGGCCUAGCUCGCUUUACCCACGCGGCCACGGACUUGACCGCACGCCGUUCGAGACUUGCGAGAUUCGGUGCGGUCAGGACGGCGACGCGCCAUGGGCGGAUUUCGUUGUCGAGGAUGGAAAGGUGCUCGGCUUUGGGCUGCGGGGGUUGUUAGGGGACGAAACGACGAUGCUCGAGAUGGAGGGCGGGAGUGUGCAGGAGACAUCGGAUGCUUGGUUUGUAAAAGUAGGAUAA